AUGAGAACCAUACUUCCCAUGUGUGGAGGCGGUGAUGGAGGGGAGUCCCGCAGCCUCCGCUCCAAGGUGGGCAGGAUGAAGAGGUUGCUGUGGCUGAGGCAGAGUCACUGCGUGGACAUCCACACGGACACGGAGCCCGGCGUGUGGCUGAGAAGCUUCCAGUUAUUGGACACUGAUGGACAGAGUGAGGACCCGGUGCAGGAGUGGGGGGAGGAGGAGGAGGACGGAGCCGUGUUUGGCAUCACCCUGCGCAGAGAGCCUGUUCUGCCGGGCUCCGAUACGACAGAGCUCCCCACAACCUUCAGCUGCAUCCAGUACCACACGGUGAAGGUGCGCAGGUUAAAGGCUGCCACUCUUGAGCGUCUGGUCACCCACCUGCUGGACCCCGAGCACCAGGAGCCCGACUACCUCCCUGUGUUCCUUUCCACUUACAGGGCUUUCACCUCCACCAGCACCCUCAUUGAGCUGCUGUUUCAGAGAGAUGACUUCAUUGCCAAUCUGGAUAACACCGUCUGCCCACGCAGUACCUUACCCCCGGUCAUCCGGUUGUGGUUGGAGGAGUACAGCGAAGACUUCCAUGAGUCCCCUCAGUAUCACGACCUCCGCCUGUUGUGUGUCCACUUGCGGCAUCGCCUCUGCUUCAGGCGCUUGGCUCAAACCGCAGAAAACCUGCUCAAGAGGCUCCAGGAACAAGAUUGCAACCGUUCUGCAUCAGAGCACAACAGUGAAUCAUUGCAGCAGGACUGCAAAGAUGAAGAGGAAGAAGGAGAGAUGUCUUCUAAGGAGGAAGACGGACACAACGUCAUGGGCUUCCCAGCGAGAGAAGUGGCGGAGCAGUUGACCAGAUUGGAUGCUGAGCUGUUUGUCAAAUUGGUGCCAUUCCACUGCUUGGGCUGCGUCUGGUCGCAGCGUGACAAGAAGGGGAACCAAAACCUGGCGCCAACAGUCCGUGCCACCAUCUCCCAGUUCAAUGCUGUCACCAAUCGUGUCAUCACUUCACUCCUCUGCCCAUCCACCCCCAGCCCUUCCACUUCCUCUCCGAACUCAUCACCCAACUCCUCCUCUACCUUCCUAUAUCCCUCCACUGCCCCAAACUCACCUCGUCCCUCACGUGCGAGCCGCACCUACAGAGAACGCAUAAUCGAGAGGUGGAUUGCUAUUGCACAGGAAUGCAAAGAGCUAAAGAAUUUCUCCUCCUUGUGGGCCAUCCUGUCAGCUCUGCAGUCCAACGCAGUGUAUCGCCUAAAGAAGACCUGGGCUGCUGUCAGCAGGGAAAGCAUGGCCACCUUUGACCACCUGUGUGAGACUUUUCCUGAUGAGAACUGUGUGUUAACAAACAGAGAGAUCCUUGCAGAGGAUGGGAGUCAGACAGACGGCAUCGCCACCACAAGCCCUAAGUCACCUCGUCUCUGCCCUGUGUCCAAACAGAUGAGCCUGAACAGUGGUGUUGUACCUUACCUGGGCACUUACCUGACAGCCCUCACCAUGCUGGAUACAGCACUCACUGACACUGUUGAAGGCGGGCUUAUCAACUUUGAGAAGCGUAGACGGGAGUAUGAUGUUCUGUCUCAGAUUCUGCAGCUUCAGGCUUCCUGUUCCCACUACAAUCUCCCAGUCAACCCUCAAAUCACUACCUGGCUGCAGGCGCACACUCUUCUCACAGACCAGGAGAGCUAUGAGCUGUCUCGUGAACUAGAGCCUCCAAUUGACCCCUGUCCUAGCUCUCCUAACACAUGGAGCAGUCGUCUACUCACCAAGAAGCUCGCCUCGUUGCGGACAGCCAGUGACAGCUCCCUCAGGAAGACUCACGCUGACCAGAUCAGUGUGUCGUCUUCUGGUUCCAGCGGUUCAGACAUGGAGGAUCUCUCUGUCCCUCAGCCCUCUCCGCUCAGACUCAAACUGAAGACUCUCUCGGGCUCUCUCCACAACGUAGCAGAGGACUUCUCCAUCGCCAUGUCCACCUCCUCUCCGAGUCUUUCCAGCUCCUCCUGCAGCUCCUCUCAUCCGGACCUCAGCUCCGCCUCCCUGGGACUGAGCCCUGACUCAUCAUCCUCUAGCUGCUGCGCUCAGCCCGCCCUGCCUGUCUACAACAAACAAGUCGCUGACUCGUGUAUCAUCAGGGUCAGUGUGGAGAGUGACAGCAAUGGAAACGUCUACAAAAGCAUAUUGCUGACCAGUCAGGAUCACACGCCUCAGGUGAUUCAGAGGGCUCUGGAAAAACACAAUAUGGAGGACGUCAGCUGCCAUGAUUUCAACCUCUACCAGAUGUUCAGCAAUGGAAAAGAGCUACAGAUCCCCGACAAAGCCAACGUAUUUUACGCCAUGUGCACUACGGCCAAUUACGACUUUGUCUUGCGCCAGCGCUGGAAGAACCACAGCCGACAUCUCGGCUCCUGCUCCAGCCCUGGGGCUCAACCCAAGAGCCGCCACGUCAAAUGAGAAGCAUCUGUCCUGGCUGCAUGUUAAGAGUAUAACAAGAAAAGAGACGAGCUGCUCAUCUGCAGCAACAACCAACAAUCUGUGGCUGUUUGUAUCUACUCAUCUCAAUGAGUCUGGCACUGUGCACCAGAUAUAAGUGGCUAUGCCACAGAGACUCCCAAGAAACCAGAGAGCUUCGACUGAAACACAACCUUCAGAUGUUCAUCAAGUGUCAUUGUUCAAGAGCAGCAUUGAAAAGUGUUAACCAAGAAUUAUUCUGGACUGUGUGAAGAGUGAUAGAAGAAGAGAGAAAUGGCCAGGUAUACAAGAGAGAGACAUGAAACAGAAAAGCAAAUGAGGACUUGUAGAAGAAAUAUAGAAUUUUGUUUUUUGUCACAUUAUUCUCUAUCCUCCUAAUCAUCAGACAUCAUCUUUGGAUAAAUGAACCACGUUACCAGGACCUAUUUCCUUGUAAACACUUUUAUUAAUGAGCACAAAUGCACAUUACAUUGUGGAUUUUGGAACUUGCUAAAUAGAAACAUGACGAGCAGCGGGACUGGGAAAACUGUCAUGUUCAGGAGCAGCUGACUUUCUCAAGUACACGGAACAAAAUGAAGAAAAAUAAGUCAAUGACUAAAAAUGGGAUGUUCACUGUUACUGGAUGUGUAAGCACUCCUGAACACAUCUGGUUCAUAUGUGAAAUCUGACUUGAGUCGUGUCGAGUGCAUUGCUGAACAAGAAUCAAAUAGUGUUUCAUCACUGUUUGGACCCAGGCCUCAGUGAGAGUUUAUUUGUCAGUAAUAAGUAUUUAGUCUUCUUUUA